AUGGACAAUUCAGAGAGAUCCCCAAACGGGCAGACGGCAACUGUUGGGGAUAUUAAUCGAAACUACGAUAAAAUGUCCUUCGUAGUUACGGAGUCAUCGAAUUCCAAGUUCAAGAAAUUGAUAAUUGGCGGCCAGGAAUACAACAAAAGAUAUUCGAAGGGUAGCCUGAGGAAGUUCGCACAACAAGCCAAAACCCAGCCUUUCCGAAAAGUCCCUCUACAACCAAACGAGGAGAUACCAAACGUGGUAUUCCAGGCACAGGGCCACGAAGACGCGAUAACAGACGCGGUACAUGCCGCGAUGGUGAACGAAGCCGAUGCUUGUCCCCGCCUAGUCAUCUACACUGAUGGGUCUUCUAAUGGCAAAUUCUCUGGUAUUGGCCUUACAUAUAAACGGUUUAACAUCAAUACACUUGGCGGAUCUAUCCCAGGAGACUGGAUAGACGCGUGCUACGCGGUUCGUGGAGUAACCGAUUCUGAGGCCGUGGAGAUUCUGGCGAUACACAGGGCGCUGUUAAUAGCAUUGUAUGAGUAUACACGUUGGAUCCAGCAACCCCUCGAACGAAGGGGGCACUCCGAUGUUGAGGGAAAUACUCGCGCCGACCAGCUAGCCAACAUUGGAGCGGCGUAUUCAUUCGGAAUUGAACGCCUGAAUCCAGGUACUAAGAAAGCCUUAGUACCAGUGGUCAUACCACUGCCAGAUACAGGGCCGAAGUCACUCUUCAAUAUACACAGAGGUCGUGCUGCGAUAGACUUAUUCUACUGGCAGAGGUUAGAGACAAAGACAAUGAUAGAAGGCCUACUAGAAAAGGAUGUAGGUCGCAAUCAUAGAGUACUCGAGCACGAGGUUCUACGUCUGCUCGGUGUGGAGCCGUUACAAGAGGCUAGACCUAGGAAUUCAAGAAAAAGGAAGGCUAGUCAGAUGGAAGUGGAAGAGACACCAGACCCCCACCCAGAUCUCCAUAGCAAGAAACGCAAAACUCUCACGGAGAUCCCGGUCGAAAGCCAAACUCACACUCCUCCCGAAGAUGGACCUAUUACCUGA